AUGGAAGUUGAAUUUCCCAAAUACGCCUUCGCUCUUCAAUAUUUUGAUACCCCAUCAAUGUUGCUUCGUGACUAUAUCAUCCAAUUUUAUACCGAAAGAGGAGAAAUAGAUAUUUACGAUUGCCGUGCAAAAAGAAUGAUUCUUAGAAAAACAUUAGAGCACAAAAUAUCACUUUCAGAUCUUUACGUAGGAAAUAAGAUUUUAGUUAAUGGUCGUCAAUACGAUAUUGUCGACUACGCAGACGAAUUUACACGAAAAACACUUGGCAACCAAAUUCAGUCUACAUACGCAAUGAUCAAACCAGGAUAUUCUCAAUAUUUAGGUGAAACAAUCGAGCGCAUAAAUAAAGAAGGCCUUCAAGUUGCAAAACUCAGAAUGGGCUAUAUGUAUCGUGAAAUUGCAGCUAAGUUCUAUGCUGAGCAUCAAGGUAAGCCAUUUUAUGAUACACUUGUUCGUUAUAUGACAAGCGGACCAAUUGUAGCUAUGGAACUUGUUGGUCAAAAUGCAAUUGCCAAAUGGCGUCAAAUUAUUGGCCCAACAAACCUUGACAAUGCUAAGGCCCAAGCUCCAGAAUCAUUGCGUGCUAGAUUUGCCCGCAGUACAACAGAGAAUUUCGCUCAUGGAUCAGAUUCUCCAGAAUCUGCUAAGCGUGAGCUCGGAAUUAUCUUUGGAGAUAACUCCAUCCGCCUUGUUGCUUCUCAUCAGGAGUCCACACUCUGUGUUGUUAAGCCACAUAUUGUCAAAGAAAAUUUAGCCGGACAACUCAUCCAAAUGAUCACAAAGGCAGGCUACCAGAUUGUUGGUGCUGCUAUGGAGUCUUACGAUAUACAGGCAGCUAACGAGUUUUACGAAUGUUACAGAGGUGUAAUAGAUAAUUAUAUGGAAAUUACAACAGAGUUUGCUUCUGGCCCAUUAAUCGGCUUGGAGCUCAAGAAGGAGGGAUCUUUCGAUGUUGUUCGUGACUUCCGUGAACUUGUUGGACCAAUUGAUAUAAAGGUCGCCAAAGUUAUUCGCCCUGAGUCAAUUAGAGCUAAAUUCGGAAAGAACCAAACAUAUUGCGCUGUUCAUUGCACAGAUAUCCCAGAAGAAGCUGAAAUUGAAACCAGAUAUUUCUUCGAACUCUUUGAUCAUUAG